AAGUAUAAACAGUUCUUGAUCCAAUCUUCAAAAUGGCUACGGACAAGAUCACCUUCCUGACCAACUGGCACGCCACCCCGUACCACGCCCCUCUUUACCUCGCUCAGGCCCGUGGCUACUUCAAGGAUGAAGGCCUCAAGGUUGCCCUGCUGGAGCCCAAUGACCCCUCCGAUGUGACCGAGAUCAUCGGCAGCGGCAAAGUCGACAUGGGCUUCAAGGCCAUGAUCCACACUUUGGCAGCCAAGGCUCGCAACUUCCCAGUGACUUCCAUCGGCUCUCUCCUGGAUGAGCCCUUCACUGGAGUCGUCUACCUCAAGUCCAGCGGAAUCACCGAGGACUUCCGCUCCCUGAAGGGCAAGCGCAUCGGCUACGUCGGCGAGUUCGGCAAGAUUCAGAUCGACGAGCUCACAAAGUACUACGGCAUGACGGCAGACGACUACACCGCCGUCCGCUGCGGCAUGAAUGUGACCAAGGCCAUAAUCCGCGGCGACAUCGACGCGGGCAUUGGACUCGAGAACGUGCAGAUGGUCGAGCUGGCCGAGUGGCUAGCUGAGCAGAACCGCCCGCGCUCCGAUGUCCAAAUGCUGCGCAUCGACCAGCUGGCCGAGCUGGGAUGCUGCUGCUUCUGCUCCAUCCUGUACAUCGCCAACGACAAGUUCUUGGCCGAGAACCCCGAGCGUGUGGCCAAGUUCAUGCGCGCUGUGAAGCGCGCUACGGACGAUGUGCUCGCUGAUCCGAAGGCGACGUAUGAGGAGUACGUUGACUUCAAGCCUAUUAUGGCGACGCCUGUCAACCGGAAGAUCUUUGAACGCUCUUAUGCCUACUUCAGUCGCGAUCUUAAGAAUGUGGCUCGUGAUUGGGAGAAGGUUACCCGCUAUGGCAAGCGUCUUGGUAUCUUGGAUGACGACUUCGAGUCCAACUACACCAACAAAUACCUUUCUUGGACGCUGGAUGAAGACUCUAUUGAUCCCACUGGAGACCAGAAGCGUAUGGCUAAGCUCCAGGAGGAGGUGGCUGCCAAUGGUGGCUUCCAGCGUCUGGGAGUUGCUGCCUCGGCCUAA